AUGUACGAUGAUCACCUUGAGAAGCACGGUAUCGACUACUUGUUCAGGAAAGACGUAAACAAGCUUGAAGGUAUUAAAGGUAAAAUAAAAACUAUCUAUGAAGAUUUUCAUGUGCAUGAAAUAACGAAAAAUAAUAAUAUUCUGCAUUUGAACCACCUUAUUAAUAAAAAGAAGAUUAAUAAAAUUAUUGAAGAUAAUGAAAAAACUGAAGAAAGAAGUAUAUUACAAAAUGUUAGUAACCCCGAUUUACACUUGGACUUACUGUCUAAAUAUAUGGACGAUUAUAACAGAAAUGUCUUAAAGAAAUUUUUAAAUAUCCUCUUUGAAAUAUAUCAAUUAAAAAUGAAGACAGAAAAAAAGGAUAAUACACUCGAAAAUAUAGAAGUUGAUAGUGAGGUCAAAAAAAUUACCAUCCCGUACUGCAUUUUGAGUAACCUUGAUGAUAUUACAAUGGAGUAUAAAAAUAGUGUUCUUAAUAAUUUUAUAUGUGAAAACAAUCAAAUAAUUGAUAAAUCAGCACAAACAAAAAUAGUACGGAAAAAUAUUCACAAUCUAAUAAAACAAUGUUAUCCCUUUCUAUUGACUGAAACUAAAAAUGCUUCUUCAAUGGAAACUGUUAUAUCACAUGGAAAUAUACUAGAUGAUAAUUUUUUGAAAGACAAUUUGAACAUAUAUUUGGCUGAUAAAAAAGCAAAUUUAGAUGUACCAAAUGAUAGCAAAAUGGAUAUUCCCGAAAAAAAUGUUAUCGAAGUCUAUCCAUCACUAACUUGUCUUAAGACUAUAUUUCCUAAAUGUUUUUAUAACAAGCUAAAAAGUAAUACGAAAAAGUAUCGUUCUGUUAAAAGUGUGGACUUGGAAAAGCUAAUAUGUGAACGGUUGGGCAAAAUGGAAGAUUUAAAAAGAUGUUCAAAAAAAAAUUCUGAACAACAUGAACAACUUAGUUGCUCAGGAGAAGCCCAAAAAAAGGACUUGUCCGAAAUACAAAAUUGGGAGUAUACAAUCUCCAAUUACAGUAAUAAUGGAAAAGACAAUAAUGAUAAAAUUAAACUAAAAAAUAUGCAUGACUACUGUGAUGAUGAUAGUAGUAUAUUUAGAAAGAAAAGGAAAGUAAAGAAUGAAAAUUCAGAUGUGGAAAAUUUAUCACAAAUAAGUUAUUACAAUUGCUCAAGUACUUUAAACAUAUUGGAAACCAAUCAAAAGAAAGGAAGUCAGAAUAGUGUGGGCACCCUCAAUGUUUAUAAGCCUCGCCCAACUAUUAAUUCUAAUGAAAAAGGUGAAAAAACGAACUAUGAAGAGGAAGAUAUAUAUUGUGAUAAUACCAAAAAAAAUGAUAGUGAACAAAAAUUACUACUUUCUAGCAAUAACAAUAAUAAUGGUGCUUCAAAAGAACUGAAUUACAAUCAUUGCAAUAACGGGGGAAAUGUAACCUUCUUAGAUAAUUUAAACGAAAAAAGGAAAAAAAAAAGUGAGUUAAAAAAGGAAAAAAAAUUUUUACAUUUUAAUUUAUACAAAGAAAAUAAAGACAUUUGUGAAAUAUUAAACAAAAUAAAAAUUAAUUUUAAAAAAAAAAAUGCAGAUAUAUCGUACUGCGGAAUUAAAGACAAAAGAGGAAUAACUGUACAGAAAUUUUGCAUCCAUAACUUAAGAAAAGAAGAUAUAUUUAAUCUGAUUAUUAACAAUACCAACUGGUGUAAUAAUGUGUACAUAUCAAAUUUAGAAUAUAAAAAGUACAGACUAUCUCUAGGCGAUUUAAAAGGAAACUUUUUUAAAAUUUUAAUAAGGGGUGUAGACAAUGAUACACAAGAACAAUAUAAAAUUCUUUCUGAAAAUUUAAAGAAAUUUGGGUUUGUUAAUUAUUAUGGUUAUCAAAGAUUUGGUAGUAAAAAAAUAAAAAAUUAUGAAAUUGGAAUUUGUAUUUUAAAAAAAAAUUAUAAGCAAGCUCUUUUUUAUAUCAUUGAAAAUGCAGGACUGGAUCAUGAGAAGAAGAACACCUUAAUUUCUUACCUAAACGGAAUAACAGAGGAAAAAAGAGGUUAUACGAAAGAGGAGAAGUUAACUAAUGAAGGAGAAGAAAUAGAAGAUCAACAGAAUGAUUAUUCAUGUAGAGAAAUGACACAGUUACAAAAUAAUAAAAAUCAAGAGCAAAAUGUACCUAACAAAAAUGCAACAUGUACUAAUACUCAUAGUAAUAACAAAACUUUUGACAAAAAGGAAAACAUAAUUUUAAAAAAAAAAAAUAUUAAAAAUGAUAAUCAUUUUAAAAUGAAGCACCACACCUCAAAUCAAUGUCAAGAGGACUUCCUUCCCAAAGAAAUAAGAGAAAUAAUAAAUUCUAUAUCAAAUCAUUCACAUGUAGAAAAAACUAUUUUAAGAUCUUUGAAAAAUAAUAAAGUACUUAAAAAUGCUUUUAUGACUAUACCCAAAGAUAUAUUUUCUUUAUUUAUACAUGCUACACAAAGUUUAAUUUUUAACAUACUAGUUAAUAUUAGAAUGAAAAAGUAUGGUUUUAAAGUUAUAAUAGGUGACUUAAUUGAAAUGAAAAAUAAUAAUAGGGAAGAUCUAAGUAGUGAUCAGUCGAAUGCAUAUUAUUCUAACGACUCAACAACAAUAAAUGAUGAAAAUUUGUGUGAACAAAAUAUCGUUAUGGUAACACAAGAAAAUAUUUCCUUAUAUGAUAUUUAUGAUGUUGUUUUACCUUUGCCAGGAGAUAAAAAUACCAUUUUUCCUCAUAACUUAAUUGAUGAUUAUAAGGAAGUGUUGCACAAAUUUAAUCUCUCUUUAGAUGACUUUAAAUCAGAAAAAGGGUUCUUUACAUCUUCUGGGUGUUACAGAAAAAUUGUUGUUAAACCACAUAACUUCAAAUCUUUUUUUAUUAAAAACAAUCUAAACAACUUGAAUACAAUACCGUUCAUCAAGAGUGACCUACAUAAGUUGCUUAACGAGGAAAAGAAGGAAGAGAGAGAAAGACCCCAUGUGGAAUACCAUACUGCAACAAUGCAAAAAUGUGGUGACAAGUUCUAUGAUAUGAGUGAUAGCAAUUGUGAUGGCAAUUGUGGUGGCAAUUAUGAUAGCAGGGGUGAUGGAAAAUGUUAUGGAAAAUGUGGUGACAAGUGCUAUGAUAUGAAUGAUAGCAAAUUUGAUAGCAAAUGUGAUGAAAAAAAAAUGAGUGCUAACUGCAUAAGUGAAGGUCGUGCACUUCAUAAUGAGAGGGACUCGCUUUUAGGUACAGAUCCAGAUCAGACUGAUCAGCUAAAGGAAGUCAAUGUAGAGGGAAUUGCUCAUCUGGAAGAAGUUGAAUUGAGGAAUGAGGAGCUAGAACAAAUGGAAGAACAUUUAACUUUUAUCGCAAAGGAUUUUUAUCACGAUCAUUUGAUUAAAGAAAUACCAAAUUACCAAACGACAUCAUCCAUUUUUUUAAUGUGUACAUUGCCGAAAUCGUCGUAUAUCACAGUUGCACUUAUGGAGGUGCUAAAUAAUUAA